AUGGGCUCGAGUCGCCAGUUUCAGCCCUCCAAUGCGGCCAUUCAGGCGAUGCAGGCCGGCUGCCAGUGGCGUGGUGGUGGAAGUCGGGCAGGAGGCCGGCCGCUGCUGACAAAGGAGGAGCUUCAGUUGCGCAAGGAGCGCGGUAUGUCCCUCAACUACUUCGGCAACCCGCUCGUGCCGUCCAACCGCUCGGCCGACAUCCCAGACUCGCAGAACACGAGCAUCUGGGUGAUGCGUCUGGGCGCGCAGGUCACAUAUCACGCGCUGAUGGAGGCGCUGGCCGGCCGGGGCAAGGUGCUCGCGGCGGUCAUCAACGAGGCAAGCCCGCCGCUGUACCGCACCGCCGCGGCCAAGGUCACGUUUUGGUGUCAUAAUGAUGCGGAGGAUGUGCUGAGGGGGAUGAAUGGGGGGGAGGUUAGGGUGGAGGGGGGUUUGGUUAGGGCGAGGUGGAAUAGGGUCAAAACCCGCGAACCCUCGCCGCGCCCCUCCACCGCGGCCCCCCAACGACACCAUCGCCAGCAGCAGCAGCCCGCAUCACGCGUCCUCCACAUAGCCGGGCCCAUCGCGCUCGUCAACCCGUGCUCUCUGGACAGCUUCUUCCGCGCGCGCUUCUAUUUCCACCUGGACCGCAUCGUGAGCCACGGAGUCGACGCCGCCGGCGGUAAUGCUGAGUACGAAUACCGCUUCGCGAGCUGGAAGUGCCAGGCCGAGUUUGCGAAUAUGGCGCUGCGGCGGGAGAGAGCUGGGUUGGGGGUGUGGUGCUGGUAUGGGAGGGAUCCUUGUGAGAAGCGGGAGGAGGAGGUUGUUGUUGUUGUUGGGGAGGGGGUUGAUGGGGUUGAUGGGGAAGGGGAAGGGAAGACUACUAGUGAAGAUGAGGAGACGACGAGUGAGGGUGACGAGGAGAGCCAGGAGGGUAGCAGUGAAUUGGAUUAUAGGAUGCGGAUUCUCUUCGGUCCCAUAAUUGGCCCCAACGGCCAGCGAAGAAGAGACCAGAGACCGGGCCACCAGCAUGCGCCUAGCUACGGACAGCAGCCUCACUCACAUGGCUACGGAACGCACGUAAGCCAGGGGUACGGAACGCAGGCGAGCCAGGGCGACCAUACCAACGACGGAUCUGAGCUCUUGCAGCAGAGUGGUGAUGGACAUGACACAGUCCAGACGAAUGGGUCUGCCAUGGACAUCUUGCAUUACGGGGCGCCGUGCACUCGAUACCUGGUUCGGUCAGGCUUCUCGGGAUAUCCCAGAUCAAUUGGCGCGGACCACCUCGGUGGCGCUGUGCAUCAUGGCGAUGACCUAGGCGGCCCUGUUGCGAGAUCUCUGCCUCGUGAUGGUGACGUCGGUGCCUUUGUCGGCAACUCUGUCGACACGCACAUCGCUGGACAUUGGCGGAGCGUCCAGGGGGGUGCACCUCUGAACGCGAUGGAGAACUUGACUCUGACUGGAACCGCCGCUCGUGGCCGCUACGAGCCUCCGCAUGUCCGAACCGCUUCAGCCAACAAUGAGCGAUUUCUGGUUAGAGUCGUCGACGACGAAGACGUGUUUGGUGCUCAAGUGGCUCCUCGCUACAGCCAUGAGGAAUCCAUCAACUUCCCGGGCUCCGACAGCAUUGGCGCAUACAACAGUGGCCAGACGACGACAAUGGCUUCGCUCAUGGCUGCACAGGUCGCACCCAUUGACGAGGACGUUGUUGGCACUUCCAAUAACUACUCUCCGCUCUCGCAAACCAUGGCGUUUGCCUACAACUUCAGCCCUUACACGGGGAGCCCUCCAACGGCUCGGGCUCUCAGGUCGGCGCCGGACCCCCAAGGUGCACUGGGAGUUACGGGUGCUGGGCUUGCAAUGGCUCAGGGAAUGUACGAGAUGCACGAAAGAGAAGAGGAAGUGUCGACCAUCAAGACCGAAGAGAUACCCAAGCCCUCACCUUUGAAGGUUGCUAAGACUGCAGCCCGUACCGGUGCCGGCGAUGUUGAGGGAGAAGAGGAUGACGACACCAAACCAUUCAUUUGGGACAGCCAGGUCCUGCAUGACCUCAAAAGGCAUUCAGGAGUGGUAGGCGAGAGGUCGCUGAUGGCGAUGUUGAAGGACCUUGCUUUCAAGGUACCCAUGCAGGGCGAUAUGAGUAUCCGUCUCGCGGACGAACUUGCUGAGUACUUCGGCAAGAUGUCCGACCACCGGCAGCGAAUGGGGGGCAGGGGACCUACCAUGGCUCCCAUACGAACGCCAAAGAAGAGUCAGGCUUCGGCCAAGAUUGCCGGAAAGGCCUCUGCUAGCAAAGUCAAGAAGUCGACUACUCCCAAGCGUCGAAAGACAACUGGUCGCGGCGCCAAUGCUAUCACCGCCGCUGUCGCCCUGAAUGCCUCCGUCAACAAUCCUGCCACUGUUGCUCGCACCAUCAUCCAGGUCAAGGGCGUCAACGGAUACUACGUGGUCGCCAAUGAGGAACUCUUGCACUGCACCUGGGGAUGA